AUGACCGAAGAGUUGCGUGAAAUCAAAAUCGAAGAAGUACAGAAGAACAACAACGAAAAUGAUGAAAAAACUUGCUGGAUUAUCAUGAACGGAAAGGUUUAUGAUGUGACUCAGUUCAUCGACGAACAUCCAGGAGGCGGUGAAUCGAUUUUGGAGUAUGCGGGAAUAGAUGCUACGGAAGCUUUCAACGAUAUUGGUCACUCAAGCGAUGCGAUUGAAAUGACGAAAGAGUAUUUGAUUGGGAAAUUGGUCGAUCAACCGGAAAUUGUCGCACAAGCGAAGAAAGAAGAGCCGAAAACAAAGAAGACCUGUUCAGAAUGUUUCAAGAAUUUCGCCGAAUGCUCGGUUGUGAGAAACAUUGCAAUUCCAACGGCAAUUGGAAUCGCCGCCUAUCUCGUCUACUCUCAAAUUAUCAAGUCGAGAAACUAG